UUUUAAAAGUUUACUUUUCUUUGGAUAAAAACUCACACAGUUUUCAGUUAUUAUAAAGUGUUUAAACAAUUGAUUCAACAAUGUUUCUUAAAUAUAUUUUGUUAAGUGUAAUUGUGUUGGUUAAUUGCGUGUGUUCGAAUGCAUUUGCAUCUGAGGGCGAGGGAGCGAUAGAAGAGAAUCCCGAAAAACAAGAAAUGUCAGACUUGAUACCAAAAUUCCAAAAUUAUUUGUGGGGAAAUCGUAACCGACGAGAAAUGCCAGAUUGGAUACCAAAAUCCGAAAAUGAACUGUUUGGAAAACGUAAUCGACGGGCUGUGUCUGGCUGUGGAUCAAAAUAUGUAAAACCUUCGCCGCAAAAAAGCAACCAAGGAAAAAGACCAAAUUUACAUAAAGCUUUAGAACAAAGUUUAGCAGGAAAGUAAUAAAAGACAUAUUGAAGAACUCCUACAAUGCUGUGAAAUGUAAAAUAUAUGUUUUAUAAAACCA